AUGGCCAGCGGUAGGCCUCCCGGUCCUCAUCCAGCCGCUGGCCACAAUGAUGAACUGCUGCUGGAUGAGUCGGUCCCCAUGUACAACACGGGGCAACGCCCACCGGUCAACGAUGAGCACUUGUUGCGACAGUACGACAUUGACGACUCCGACCAUCCUCAACCGCGACCUUCGGUUUCUUACGACCAUUUCGUCGGCGGACAGGCGCCGCCGCAAUCCGGCGCUCAUGCGAUGCCCGCGCAUCCCCCGACCCAGCCGGGGGUAUACAUGACCGAUCCUUACUCGGGGGCCGACAUGUCCCGCACCUACUCGCAGACCUCCGGGUUAAGCAACUACCACCGUUACUCCUUGGACGAAUUCGACGAUGACCGGUCAUUGCACGGAUACUACGAUUUGGAUUACCAGGAUGACAACCAUUUACAACCCGAUAGCCGCGUCCGGCAGGCAAAGGAAAGGAACAGCAUCCUGGGUCUGGGAGGUGGGUUGAUGGGCCGAGCAAAGCACAUGCUGGGCAUGGGCGCUGAAUACUCGGAGAUGGAUCUGCCCCUGACGGAGGCCGGCGCUCGAGCUGCACGGGUGGACAGUGCAGACCCGGAUGAAGGCAGCGCCGCCGCUGGUGCCCCGAAGGCAUCCAAGAAAUCGGAUUUCAAAUUUGGAUUUGGGCGCAGAAAGGCCGACCCGUCAACUCUGGGACCUCGCAUGAUCGUUCUGAACAACCCACCUGCCAAUGCCGUACACAAGUUCGUCGACAACCAUGUCUCCACGGCGAAGUACAACAUCAUCACCUUUAUUCCGAAGUUCCUCUACGAACAAUUUUCGAAAUACGCCAACCUGUUUUUCCUCUUCACUGCCGUCCUUCAGCAGAUUCCGAACGUGUCUCCGACGAACAAGUAUACCACCAUUGCCCCGCUGUGUAUCGUGUUACUGGUAUCGGCGAUUAAGGAACUCGUGGAGGACUACAAGCGGAGACUGUCGGAUAAAGGACUGAACAACUCCAAGACGCAGGUUUUGAAGGGAUCUGGAUUCCACGAGACCAAGUGGAUUGACGUGGCUGUGGGAGAUAUUGUCCGGGUCGAGUCCGAGCAACCAUUCCCCGCUGAUUUGGUCCUGUUGGCGUCUUCGGAACCCGAGGGCCUGUGUUAUAUUGAAACCGCUAAUUUGGACGGGGAAACCAACUUGAAGAUCAAGCAGGCAAUCCCGGAAACUGCGCACUUGGUUAGCCCCGCGGAUCUCAGUCGUUUGAGCGGGCGCGUCCGAUCCGAGCAGCCAAACAGCAGCUUGUACACUUACGAAGCGACGUUGACUAUGCACGCUGGCGGAGGUGAAAAGGAACUGCCCUUAGCGCCUGAUCAGCUUCUCCUUCGAGGUGCAACUCUGCGAAACACACCGUGGGUCCAUGGCAUCGUCGUCUUCACCGGUCACGAGUCGAAGCUGAUGCGGAAUGCAACGGCCACUCCGAUCAAGCGGACUGCAGUGGAGCGCAUGGUGAACGUUCAGAUUUUGAUGCUGGUUGGUAUUCUGAUCGCACUCAGUGUGGUCAGUUCCGUUGGUGACCUGAUCAUCCGCCAAACCGAGGCCAACAAGCUCACAUACCUAGACUAUGGCACGACGAACCCGGUCAAACAGUUUGUCUUGGACAUCUUUACCUACUGGGUCCUCUAUUCGAAUCUGGUCCCGAUCUCGCUUUUCGUGACGAUUGAAAUCGUCAAAUAUGCGCAGGCGUUCUUGAUCAACUCUGACUUGGAUAUCUAUUACGAUAAAACCGACACCCCGGCAACAUGUAGGACGUCGUCGUUGGUUGAAGAGCUGGGGCAAAUUGAGUACAUCUUUUCCGACAAGACUGGAACUCUAACGUGCAACAUGAUGGAGUUCAAGCAGUGUACCAUUUCCGGCAUUCAGUAUGGUGAGGAGGUUCCCGAGGACCGACAAGCCACCGUCGAGGACGGAGUGGAAGUUGGAAUCCAUACUUUCAAGAAGCUGAGGGAGAAUUUGCACUCUCACCCCACGGGCGGUGCCAUUCAUCACUUCCUUACGUUGCUUGCAACCUGUCACACGGUCAUUCCGGAGAGGUCUGAGAAAGAACCUGGGAAGAUCAAAUACCAAGCUGCCUCUCCGGAUGAAGGUGCUCUUGUCGAAGGCGCUGCAACCCUGGGCUAUUGCUUCUCCAAUCGGAGACCUCGGUCUGUGAUCUUCACAGUAGGCGACCAAGACUUCGAAUAUGAACUUCUGGCAGUCUGUGAAUUCAACUCUACGAGGAAGCGGAUGUCAACCAUCUUUCGCUGCCCAGACGGAAAGAUUCGCAUUUACACCAAGGGUGCGGACACUGUGAUUCUUGAACGUCUGCAUCCCGACAAUCCUACCGUUGAAGCGACUCUGCAGCACCUGGAGGAGUAUGCAUCGGAUGGUCUUCGGACGCUGUGUUUGGCCAUGCGUGAAAUUUCCGACGAGGAAUUCCAACAGUGGUACCAGAUCUACGACAAGGCUGCAACAACGGUUGGCGGAAACCGUGCUGACGAGCUUGACAAGGCGUCGGAGCUGAUCGAAAAGGAUCUCUAUCUCCUAGGAGCCACUGCCAUUGAGGAUCGUCUGCAGGAUGGUGUCCCAGACACCAUUCAUACGCUUCAGACGGCCGGAAUCAAGAUCUGGGUUUUGACCGGUGACCGACAAGAAACUGCCAUCAACAUUGGCAUGUCAUGCAAGCUGAUUUCGGAGGACAUGACCUUGUUGAUUGUCAAUGAAGAAAGUGCUCAGGCCACCCGAGAUAAUUUGACCAAGAAACUCCAGGCUGUCCAAAGCCAGGGUACUUCCGGUGAAAUCGAAGCGCUGGCCCUAGUUAUUGACGGGCGGUCUUUGACUUUUGCCCUCGAGAAGGACAUGGAGAAGCUGUUUUUGGACUUGGCUGUGACGUGUAAGGCUGUAGUCUGCUGCCGUGUUUCUCCCCUUCAAAAAGCCCUCGUUGUCAAGCUGGUGAAGCGCCAUCUCAAGUCGCUCCUUCUCGCCAUUGGAGAUGGUGCAAAUGACGUGUCUAUGAUUCAGGCCGCACACGUUGGUGUCGGUAUCAGCGGUGUCGAAGGUCUACAGGCUGCUCGAUCUGCGGAUGUUUCCAUCGCGCAAUUCCGUUACCUCCGCAAGCUCCUCCUUGUCCAUGGUGCCUGGAACUACCACCGGAUCAGUCGCGUCAUUUUGUACUCGUUCUACAAGAAUAUUGCCCUCUACAUGACGCAAUUCUGGUACUCCUUCCAAAACGCUUUCUCUGGCGAGGUCAUCUACGAAUCCUGGACUCUGUCCUUCUAUAACGUGUUCUUCACCGUGUUCCCUCCAUUCGCCAUGGGUAUCUGUGACCAGUUCAUUUCCGCUCGACUGCUAGACCGUUAUCCUCAGUUGUACCAGCUUGGACAGAAGGGUAUGUUCUUCAAGCGACACAGUUUCUGGUCGUGGGUUGCGAACGGAUUCUACCACUCCCUCCUGCUCUACGUUGUUUCGGAGCUCUUCUUCCUUUGGGACGGCCCACAGUCAGACGGCAAAACAUCCGGCCACUGGGUCUGGGCCGAGGCGACAUAUACCGCGGCUCUGGCCACUGUGCUCGGCAAAGCGGCCUUGAUCACCAACAUCUGGACCAAGUACACGUUCAUCGCCAUCCCGGGAUCGAUGGUGUUAUGGCUCAUCUUCCUUCCGGCGUACGGUUAUGCCGCCCCCGCCAUCGGCUUCUCCCAAGAAUACUACGGCACGAUCCCUCGUGUCUUCAAAGAUCCCGUCUUCUACCUGAUGGCCAUCAUCCUCCCUUGCAUCUGCCUCCUCCGCGACUACGCCUGGAAAUACGCCAAGCGCAUGUACUACCCCCAACACUACCACCACGUGCAAGAAAUCCAGAAAUACAACGUCCAAGACUACCGUCCGCGCAUGGAACAAUUCCAAAAGGCGAUCCGCAAAGUCCGCCAAGUCCAGCGCAUGCGGAAACAGCGCGGCUACGCAUUCAGUCAAGCCGACGAGGGUGGUGGCCAAAUGAGAGUGGUGAAUGCUUACGAUACCACCAAGGGCCGCGGACGCUAUGGCGAAAUGACCAGUUCCCGUGCCCUGGUAUAAUGAUGACUGACUGAUUGAUUGAUUAACCUGACCCUACCUGAUGGAACCUGUUUGUCUGUACCUGAUUCUCUUUCGCUUCUCUGU